CCGUUCAUGUUCUGAUCCGCGGCGCACGCGGUUUUUGUAUUUAUAAACAACGAAAAUCAUGCUGGCGGGUAUCAGCGAGAAAAGCUAUGCGGCGGAGGCGCGCUACACGAACUUCUACGCCGGCGGCGACAUCGCCUGGAGCCCGAAUGGCCAUCAUCUUUACUGCCUCAAUGGCUCAGCUGUAAACCAGGUGGAUGUGCAGACCUCCCAAGUCAUAAAGAGCUAUGACUUGACGUCCCCGUUGGCGGAUAACAAGAAGCCGGCGGAGUUGGACAAUAUCGAUGUGGAGGAGGAUACGAUUACUUGCUUCGGACUGUCCCAGGAGAACCUGGUCACUGCCCAUCGAAGUGGCCUGCUAAGACUGUGGGAGCUGGACACUGGGAAGCUGGUGAAGCUGUGGAAGGCCCAGCACAAGGGACCAGUCAUCCGAGUUGAAUUCAGUCCCUGCGGCAGGCUUAUCUGCACCAGCGGAGGUGCAGAUGCCACACUGAGGCUGUGGGACUACUCGAACAACAGUUGUCUGGGUGCCCUCAAGGAUUUCCCUGGUCCCGCUUGGCUCAUCGUCUUUCAUCCCAAUGUGCUGCGCAAAGAGAUCUACGCCGGAGGUUCGGAUAACUCUGUCUAUGCCUGGAACUACGAGACGAAGACACUUGUGCACAAGAUGCGAGGUCACCUGUCGCAAGUCACCGGCUUAAGCUUUAAGAGCAACGCGUCCGACUGCAACGAAAUCGUAACUGUGAGCCGGGACAAGGUUAUGAUCGUGUGGCAAUUGCAGGAGCAGUUGGAGAGCAAGCAGUUGAAGGUUCUUCCCUUGUACGAUGAACUUGAGGGAGUCGUGUACGCGGACGAGGGACAACAGAUAAUCGUGGCGAGUGGAUCAGGCAAGCUGCAACAGGUCGACCCGAAAUCUUGGAAGAUCAGGGAUAUUCUCUCUCAAUCUGAUUUCCAAAUCAGUAGACUCCUGCACUGCAGCGAGCUAAAACAGCUGGCCUUGGUCACUACAGAGCAGAAUAUCUUGGUCUACGACGUGGAAACCCUGGAACCCAUCAAACACUUGGUGGGUUACAACGACGAGAUCCUAGACAUGUGCUUUAUGGGCGACAACGAUCGCUACCUGGCCGUUGCCACCAACAGCAAGCACUUCAAGCUAUACGACACGGAGCACGACAUGAAUUGCAAGCUGAUCGUGGGUCACUCGGAUACGGUAAUGUCCCUCGCUGCCUCCCAAAAUCUGCUGAUUUCGGUGGGAAAGGACUGCAGCGUUCGGCUUUGGAGGCUUCAGCACGACAAGGAUUGCUCGCUUGAGGCUCUGACUCAACAGGCCAACUGCCACACGUCCACUAUCGGUUGCGUGGCCAUGACGCACAACGGAGCCACCGGCUUUGCAUCAGUGAGCCAAGAUGGCAGCAUGAAGGUGUGGCAGCUCGUCAGAAGUAAGGAGGAUCGCAACUCGUACUCCUUCAACCUCCGCUACGCAGCGCUUUCCCACGACAAGGAGGUGAAUUGCGUGGCAUAUGCUCCGAAUAACAAGCUUAUUGCCACCGCGUCGCAGGACAAGACGGCCAAGGUGUGGCUGGCGGAGUCCAACACGCUACAGGGAGUGCUGCGUGGACACACCCGUGGUGUUUGGAGUGUGCGCUUCUCUCCGGUGGAUCAGAUCGUGCUCACCUCAUCAUCGGACUGUACUCUGCGACUCUGGUCCAUCAGCAAUUUUUCGUGCAUAAAACGCUUCGAUCAGGAGUGCACCAUACUCAGAGCCGAGUUCCUGGAUCACGGCAAGUUCAUCAUCUCCGCUGCUUCGGAUGGCCUUCUAAAGCUGUGGAAUAUCAAGACCAACACAUGUCUGCAGUCCCUGGACGAGCACAACGAUAGGGUUUGGGCUCUGGCCGUAUCUGCCAGGAGCAAUCGGUUCUUUUACACCGGCGGGGCGGACUCCAAGCUGAUUCGCUUCGGUGAUGUCACUCAAGUGACGCGAAACGAAGAGCUGGACAAGCGGCAGGCCACAUUGGAGCAGGAGCAGACUCUACAUUCCCUUCUGCACGCCCAGAAGCAGCUUCACAAGGCCUUCGUGUUGGCUCUGAACCUGGACAAGCCCAAAGCCAGUUUCGAUAUUAUCAACCACUUUGUCCGCAAGCGGGAUGAGCCCGGUCUCCGCCAAUUGGUUGACCAGUUGAACGUUGACCAGCGGGUUGCGCUGCUGCAGCAUGUCAAGGCAUGGACCACCAACUCGCGCCACUCGCAGGCAGGCAACAUGAUCCUUAAGUACUUGAUCGGGGAUGCUCUUCAGGAUCCCAAGGCGAGGUUCUACAACAAUGGCAACAUGGUCGAGGUACUCACUCCCUACGUGCAGAGGCACUUUAAGCGGGUCACCGAGCUGAACAAGGAGCUGGCUUUCCUAGAGUUCAUUGUCAAGUGUAUGUGACUUUAGCUUUGGAGCCGUUUCAUUCAUGAUUGUUAACUUAAUUCAGUUUAAUUAAUUUUAAGAAAAAAUAAAGUAGAUAAUCAUACAUCAUA